UCGCGCCUGGGGUGGUGGAGGAGGCGCGCGGGGCCGCGAGAGAGGAAGGAAAAAAACCUCCUCUCGCUGCGGUGCGGGGUCACGAACUAUGACCCUUCGCAGGAGGACCACACAUUUUAUUUAGGGAAUAACGCACCGGCUCUGCUCUGUCGUGCCACUCGAAGUGACGGAGACUUCACUAAUGACCUUAUAUCAUCAUGACAGCCAACCUGAAUCUGCUCUCACAGCAGAAUGUAGACUUUAAGCAUGAGGCAGAGGUAUCACCUUCCCCAUCAGACUCAAAGAGUCAGUCACCGCAACGCUUUCAAGUCAUUUCUGCUGAUGGUGUUGCAACGCCGCAGCAAAUCCAGAUUGUAACAGACCAACAGACAGGGCAGAAGAUUCAGAUUGUGACUGCUAUGAGCCCGUCCAGUGCUCCCAAACAACAGUUUAUUCUGACCACAGCAAAUGGCUCUGGUGGAGGAAAGGUCAUUCUUGCUUCACCAGACAGCCACAACCCCAAGCAGCUGAUUUUCACUUCGGCUGACAGUCUGAUACCAGGAAGGAUACAGAUUGUCACUGAUCCUUUAUCAAUGGAACGGUUGCUAGUACAGCCUGGGGAUUUGAACCGACCGCAGCCUGCAGAGUACUGUGUUGUGUGUGGAGACAAGGCCUCAGGUCGCCACUACGGCGCCGUCAGCUGUGAGGGAUGUAAAGGCUUCUUCAAGCGUAGUGUGAGGAAGAAUCUGACCUACAGCUGCCGAAGCAAACAGGACUGUGUCAUUAACAAACACCAUCGCAACCGUUGCCAGUUCUGUCGGUUGCGGAAAUGUCUGAAGAUGGGAAUGAAGACUGAUUCGGUCCAGAGUGAGAGGAAGCCAAUUGAAGUGGUACCCCGAGAGAAGCAUGCCAACUGUGCCGCCUCCACCCAGAAGAUCUAUAUUCGCAAAGACCUUAACAGCCCCCUAAUUGCUACGCCGACCUUUAUCUCCGAUGCAGAAAUGGAUGGCUCCAGAUCCAGCCUGCUGGACCAGGGGAUGCUGGUCAACAUCCAGCAGCCCAUCAUGAACAGUGAUGGAACUCUGCUGCUAGCAUCAGACCAUAAGAUGGAUCCUGGCCAGGGAGAUUUGGGGACCCUGGCGAACGUGGUGACCUCCUUGGCCCACUUGAGCGAUUCAUUAAGAGAGAACCUGAGCAACGGCGAUACCUCAGACUGCCACCAGGACGAGCAAAAAGCCAGCGACAUAACUCGUGCCUUCGACACCUUGGCCAAAGUGUUCAAUCCACCUGAGAUGGACAAGACAGAGUGUGUCAGCGGGACAACAAUUCAGCUGAUCGGCCGGGACCAGGACACUCCCAUCAUCGAGGUGGAAGGUCCUCUGCUGACAGACAGCCAUGUCAGCUUCAAGCUGACCAUGCCAAGCCCCAUCCCCGAAUAUCUCAACGUCCACUACAUCUGUGAGUCAGCGUCCAGGCUCCUCUUCCUCUCCAUGCACUGGGCACGAUCCAUCCCUGCCUUCUCCUCUCUUGGUCAGGAGGCCAACACCAGUUUGGUGCGAGCCAGUUGGAAUGAGCUGUUCACUCUGGGACUGGCUCAGUGCGCUCAUGUGAUGAACCUGUCCACCAUCCUGACGGCCAUCAUCAACCACCUGCAGAGCAACAUCCAGGACGAGAAACUUUCAGGGGAGCGGGUGAAGCAGGUGAUGGAGCACAUUUGGAAGUUCCAGGAGUUUUGCAACAGCAUGACGAAGUUGGAAACCGACAGCUAUGAAUAUGCUUAUCUGAAAGCCAUCGUGCUGUUCAGUCCUGAUCACCCUGGGGUGGACAGCAGUGGGCAGAUUGAGAAGUACCAGGAGAAAGCUUUGAUGGAGCUCCAGGACUACGUGCAGAAAACAUACCCCGAUGACACCUACAGAUUGACUCGCAUCCUGACUCGACUGCCAGCGCUGCGCCUCAUGAACUCCAACAUCACAGAGGAGCUCUUCUUCACCGGUUUAAUAGGCAACGUCUCCAUCGACAGCAUCAUUCCCUACAUCCUGAAGAUGGAGACAGCAGAGUACAACAGUCAGGACUGUGACAUCUCAGACUGAACCCUCCGUCAUCACUCUGAACGACACUUGGAAUGUUUUCAAAACCUGAAGUCUCAUCUCACAUAAGGACGCUUUUAAUGAAGAUAACAAUUCCCUGUUGUAAACUAACUACAUCUGUUUCAUAAGGUGUAUUUACAUUUAUCGCUCUUAAUAUGUUUGUAUAUUUAUUUCAAAGACAGAAAGGCAGUCAUCGAUCCAGACAGAAACGGUUAUACACAUUCACUUUAAAUCCAAGUAUUUAUUUCAGCCAAUGCUGUAAACAUUGUAGACGUCAAUUAAUCCAAGAAGCUAAACUUUGUUCAGCAUGUUUUUACUUAAAUCAAUCUAACAAAUAGCUGGCAGCACAAGUCAGGUACCAAGAUGAACUUUAUUUUCUAACAAACCUCACUAAUAUUUGUCUGUCACCGGCCGAGCUUUUUAUACAGAAUCUCAGAGAUCUAGCUGUUUUUAAAAUGUGUCGGUACAUUUUUAUGUUCAGACUGAACUGCUUACGCCCCCCUGUGCAGUCAUGUCAUGACUUCAUGAAUGACAAUCAAAUAUGUUUGUCCAUUUCUCCGUCAUGAUUGUAAGUCUCUUUGUGUAUUUAUUGAGGGCAAAGUAGUGUUUCCAGAGCCUUCACUAACAUGUAGCAAGGCUACUCUUUUUCUACUUGAGUUUGUGUGCAACUCAGCUUGUGCUACUUGGUGACUUAACUUUAUCUGUUUUUUAAAAAACUUCAGUCUUUGCUUGUUGCAUACUAAGUGUACUUAAAAUUGGGACAGGAUUCCCAUAUUGAAGAAGAACUUUUCUACCGGUCAGUGAGUGUCGUCACUGACACCCCGAUGAGGCUAUGCACUUGUGGAAAAUGUCAGAAUGAGCCUCUGUGUCUGAGACUGAGGUAGACCUCAAUGUUAAAUAUGUAUUGGUAUGUGUUGCAUUGUUUAGGUUCAAAACCUAAAGUGUAAAGGCGCCGCUGUGUAACGGUCUUUGUACAUGUAAUUUCAUUAAAUGAGUGCAUGUUGUUUUUAAAACAGUUUUAUACUCCUGUCGGUGUCUGCCCUGCAGAGAACAAUUGUUUUCAUUUUUAUAGUGCAUUGCCGUGCAUGACGAUGUUGCUUAAGUGCAUUUUAUUAAAUGCUAUAUGAAAAAUAUUGAUUAAAUGUUGUGGCUUUACCAUAUUUACCUUAAGGAGCUAUGUGAAAGAACAUUUCAUUUCAGCAUUGUGGUUGCAGAAGGCUCACUUCAAGAUUGUCUGAAUGUCAUUUGUCUCUUUUCUGUAAAAAAAAAAAUGUAUUCUUCAGAUACAUUUCAACAAUAUUCAUGUGCAGAAUCUUACAUUUCUACCUCACUCCAAUGAACAUUUGAUAGCUACUUGUGUCUGCAUUCCAGACUCAAAGGUUCUCAGAAGAAGCAGCACAUUAUUGACAAAUAAACAUCA